UCGUCUCUGUCAAAUCUUUUAUUUAAUUUUCGUACAAUAUGAAGCGUCUUCAAUGAUUUUAUAUGGGUAUAUAGUGUGGUAGUGAUCGUGUGGCGACGCGGUCUCGGUGAUACUGCUCGCGGGUCGGCGGCACCAUGUUCAGCGGAACGGUGCGGGUAAGAGUUUGUGAGGCGACAGGUCUCAGGCCGACCGACUUUCAGAAAAGGCACACUGUGACCUUCGGGAAACCAGACGACCAGCCGAUAGACCCGUAUGUCUCGAUCGACGCCGACGAGCACCAUCUAGACCGUUCGACCACGAAGCCUAAAACAUUUGAUCCAGUGUGGAACGAAACUUUUAUACAUGAGGUUCACAAUGUCAGCAGUUUGGGAAUCACCGUGUUUCACGAUGCGGCUAUACCACCAGACGACUUUGUGGCAAACUGCACAAUCCCCUUUGAAGAUCUGAUGCAUAGAGAUAAAGAAGCUACAGACUUUUGGGUGGACUUAGAACCUCAGGGGAAGUUGCAUCUCAAAAUUGAUCUGAAAUGGAAUUCUCAAGCGGGCGGCGCGGGCGGGGGCGCGGGCGGCGGCGGGGGCGCGGGCGGCGGCGGCGGGGGCGCGGGGGGCGGCGCGGGGCGGCCGGGCGGGGGCGUGCGGGAGUUCAGGGAGGGGGCGGGGUUCGCGCGGCGGCGCGGCGCCAUGCGGCGGCGGGUGCACCAGGUCAACGGACACAAGUUCAUGGCCACGUUCCUGCGGCAGCCCACCUUCUGCAGCCACUGCCGCGAGUUCAUCUGGGGUUUGGGUAAACAAGGUUACCAGUGCCAAGUAUGUACCUGUGUCGUUCACAAACGAUGCCAUUCGUUAGUCGUCACCAAAUGUCCCGGGAUGAAGGAAGAGCAGCAGAGCGGCGUGGGCGUGUCGGGCGGGCAGCGCUUCAACGUGAACGUGCCGCACCGGUUCACGGUGCACUCCUACAAGCGAUUCACGUUCUGCGACCACUGCGGCUCGCUGCUCUACGGACUCAUCAAGCAGGGGCUGCAGUGCGAAGUAUGUUCUAUGAACGUGCACAAGCGAUGCCAGAAGAAUGUGGCGAACAACUGCGGCAUCAACACGAAGGCGAUGGCCGAGAUACUCAACGAGAUGGGCAUCUCCCCCGACAAGAACCCCAGGCCCAGGCCCUCCAAGUACCUGAACACGGCGCUACUAGAGGGCGCGCCCGAGCUCGCGUCCUCCGGAGACUCAGACUCCAAGGAACACGCUGAGAAGCACGACGACAAAGGUGGCGGACGCAGUCACUGGGACGAUCUCGCAGACAUAUUCACGUGUUACGAUCAAGGUCCGCCUGAAAACGGCAACGGCACAGUGUGCCGCUCGCAGUGGGUCGACGAUCUCGUCGACGUGUUCACGUCAUACGAAGGGGGCGAGACAGGGGGCGGCGCGGGGGGAGGAGUGGGGGGCGUGAUCGGAGCAGGGGGCGCGGGACACGACAAGGUCUCGCUCGAGGACUUCCACUUCAUCAAGGUGCUCGGCAAGGGCUCCUUCGGGAAGGUCAUGCUCGCGGAGAAGAAGGGCACAGAGGAGGUGUACGCGGUGAAGGUGCUGAAGAAGGACGCGAUAAUCCAGGACGACGACGUGGAGUGCACGCUGACGGAGCGGCGCGUGCUGGCGCUGGCUGCGCGGCACCCGUUCCUGACGGCGCUGCACUCCGCCUUCCAGACGCGCGACCGGCUCUUCUUCGUGAUGGAGUACGUGCACGGCGGGGACCUCAUGUUCCAGAUACAGCGCGCCAGGAAGUUCGACGAGCCGCGCGCCAGGUUCUACGCGGCUGAAGUGACGUUAGCGCUGCAGUUCCUGCACUCGCACGGCGUCAUCUACCGCGACCUCAAGCUCGACAACAUACUGCUGGACAGCGACGGACACUGCAAGCUCGCAGACUUCGGCAUGUGCAAGGAGGGCAUCAUCGAUGGCGCCACAACUACCACAUUCUGCGGCACUCCUGAUUACAUCGCGCCUGAGAUCCUGCAGGAGCUGGAGUACGGUCCGUCGGUGGACUGGUGGGCGCUGGGCGUGCUGCUGUACGAGAUGCUGGCCGGCCAGCCGCCCUUCGAAGCCGAUAACGAGGAUGAUCUCUUUGAGAGCAUCCUGCACGACGACGUGCUCUACCCCGUCUGGCUCUCCAAGGACGCCGUCUCCAUACUCAAGGGGUUCAUGACGAAGAGUCCGGUGCGGCGGCUGGGCGUGGCGGGCGGCGCCGGCGGCAUCCGGCACCACGCCUUCUUCAGGGACGUGGACUGGGACGCGCUCGCAGCCCGCCGCCUGCGGCCGCCCUUCAGGCCCAAGCUGAAAAGCAAGCGCGACGCGGCGAACUUCGACGCGGAGUUCACGAAGGAGGAGCCCGUGCUCACCCCCGUGCCCAACGACGUCGUCCGCACCAUCAACCAGGAGGAAUUCCGCGGCUUCUCGUUCGUGAACGGCGACUACAACCCGACGCCCGCACACGAGCCCGCGCCGCUCGCCUGAACCUCCACCACCACGCGCCCUCACCAUCACUCCCACCCUCAC